ACAGCUGUUGUGAAGCAUGUAUUGAAGGGGUCUUUGGGUUCUUUUUGUUUUCACCUAAAGCCGUUGAGUGUGCCCAACAACAAUCCAAGUCCAAUAAAAGUUAGUUAAAGAUGACUAUUUUAACUCGGAUCAUCACCUCCAACUUGCCUAAACGCAUUGGUGCGCUUAAAACAUUGCAGCAAUGUGGUUUCUGCACUCACAUACAAUUCGCUGAACACAAGCCAAUCGAAAAAAUCCGAAAUAUUGGAAUUUCAGCUCAUAUUGACAGCGGCAAGACUACGCUUACCGAACGCAUUCUCUUUUAUACCGGGCGUAUUCAACAAAUGCACGAAGUGCGCGGCAAGGAUAACGUUGGAGCUACUAUGGACUCAAUGGAAUUAGAGCGCCAACGCGGUAUAACUAUACAAUCUGCAGCUACAUACACGAUUUGGAAGGGAACCAACGUCAAUAUCAUUGACACACCCGGUCACGUGGAUUUCACAGUGGAGGUGGAACGUGCAUUGCGUGUAUUGGAUGGUGCUGUGCUAGUGUUAUGUGCUGUUGGUGGCGUACAGAGUCAAACGCUUACUGUGAAUAGGCAAAUGAAGCGUUAUAACGUACCCUGUUUGGCCUUCAUUAACAAACUUGAUCGCUCAGGCGCUAAUCCUUAUCGUGUACUUUCACAUAUGCGUUCCAAAAUGAAUCAUAAUGCAGCCUUCAUACAACUGCCGAUUGGGGUGGAGAGUGACUGCAAGGGAAUUGUUGAUUUGGUAACUGAGAAAGCAAUUUAUUUCGAGGGCACACACGGUAUGAAUAUACGCUAUGAUGAGAUACCGAAAGACAUGCGCGCGGAGUCGGUUGAACGUCGCCAGGAAUUAAUUGAACAUCUUUCUAAUGUUGAUGAAACUCUGGGGGAAUUGUUUUUGGAAGAAAAGACACCGACGGAGGUUGAUAUUAAGAAUGCCAUACGGCGCACAUGCAUCAAACGAAGUUUUACACCCGUCAUGGUAGGUACUGCACUGAAAAAUAAAGGUGUGCAGCCACUACUUGAUGCUGUUAUCGAUUAUCUACCAAAUCCAGGCGAGGUUGAAAAUCUUGCUUUUGUGGAAAAAGAAGGACAGGAGCCUGAAAAAAUUAUACUCAAUCCUGCGCGUGAUGGCAAGGAGCCUUUUCUUAGUCUGGCCUUCAAAUUGGAAGCUGGUCGCUUCGGUCAACUUACCUAUCUGCGUUGUUAUCAAGGCAUGUUGAAAAAGGGUGACAACAUCUACAAUGCUCGCACCAAUAGGAAAGUGCGUGUAGCGCGCUUGGUACGCUUACACUCGAAUAAUAUGGAGGACGUAAAUGAAGUCUAUGCAGGCGAUAUUUUUGCACUUUUUGGCGUUGAUUGCGCUUCAGGAGAUACCUUUACUACAGAUCCCAAAGGAAAUAUUUCAAUGGAGUCCAUUUUCGUGCCAGAGCCUGUUGUGUCCAUGGCAAUCAAACCAAAUAACGCAAAAGACAGGGACAAUUUCGCUAAGGCUGUGGCGCGUUUCACUAAGGAGGAUCCAACCUUCCAUUUCUUUUAUGAUGCUGAUGUAAAAGAAACACUCGUCUCGGGAAUGGGUGAAUUACAUUUGGAGAUCUAUGCUCAACGCAUGGAACGAGAAUAUGGCUGCCCAGUGACAUUGGGCAAACCAAAAGUAGCUUUCCGUGAAACACUGGUGAGUCCCUGCGAAUUUGAUUACCUGCACAAGAAACAAUCUGGCGGCUCCGGUCAAUAUGCGCGUGUAAUUGGCAUCAUGGAACCCCUGCCAGCGAGCCAAAACACCGUGCUUGAGUUCGUCGACGAGACCAUGGGUACAAAUGUGCCCAAGCAAUUUGUGCCUGGUGUGGAGAAGGGUUUCCGUGAAAUGGCUGAACGUGGUAUGCUCUCUGGCCACAGACUAUCUGGCAUACGUUUCCGCCUGCAAGAUGGUGGUCAUCACAUAGUCGAUUCCAGUGAGCUGGCAUUCAUGUUGGCAACACAUGGUGCAGUGAAAGAAGUGUUCCAAGUGGGUUCUUGGCAAAUUUUAGAACCCAUAAUGAUGGUGGAGGUAACAGCACCAGAGGAGUUCCAAGGUGCCGUUAUGGGCCAACUGAGUAAACGUCACGGUAUUAUUACAGGCACGGAUGGCGCAGAAGGCUGGUUCACUGUCUACGCUGAAGUACCAUUGAAUGACAUGUUCGGUUACGCGGGUGAAUUGCGUUCCAGCACACAAGGCAAAGGCGAGUUCACUAUGGAAUACUCCAGAUACUCCCCUUGCCUGCCAGAUGUACAAGAACAAUUGGUGCGACAAUAUCAGGAAUCGCAAGGACUGGGCCAAGAGAAGAAGAAAAAGAAGAACUAAUGAGCUUUAUCGUCAUUCAAUACUAACUUUUAAGGAUACCUACUUAUUUUCAAAGAAAACAAAUAGUUGAAACACUGGACGCAUUGCUAACGAGAAUUAUCUGUUAAGUGUUUUAUUUAAAUAAUUAUUUGAUAUAGAAGAAAUAU